AUGGCCGACCACAAGGAGGAGCCUGUGCUGGAGUCUGUGAUGGACAAGAUCACCGAGAAGUUCCACGGCGGGGACUCGUCGUCGUCGUCUGACUCGGACGACGAGAAGAAGAAGGGGUCCUCGUCGGCGUCGGCGGCGGAGGCCGUGAAGGCCAAGAUCUACCGCCUCUUCGGCCGCGAGAGGCCCGUCCACUCCGUCCUCGGCGGCGGCAAGCCUGCCGAUCUUGUCCUUUGGAGGAACAAGAAGAUCUCAGGCGGGGUACUUGCUGGUGCUACGGCCAUCUGGCUCCUAUUCGAGGUUAUGGAGUACCACCUCCUCACCUUGUUGUGCCACUGCCUCAUCCUCUCGCUGGCCAUCCUCUUCCUGUGGUCCAAUGCCUCCACUUUCAUCAACAAGUCCCCACCAAACAUUCCUGAGGUUAAAAUUCCUGAGGAUUUGGCUGUAAAUGUUGCACUGUCACUGAGAUAUGAGAUCAACAGGGGCUUUGCUACUUUGAGGGAGAUAGGACAUGGCUGUGAUCUGAAGAAAUUCCUAAUUGUUAUCGCAGGUCUCUGGCUUCUUUCAGUUCUUGGGAGCUGCUGCAACUUCCUGACACUGUUCUAUAUUGUCUUUGUGGCACUGUACACUGUACCAGUUCUGUAUGAGAAAUAUGAGGACCAGGUUGACGCCUUUGGUGAGAAGGCUAUGAUUGAACUGAAGAAGUAUUAUGCUAUUUUCGAUGAGAAGUGCCUAUCGAAGAUUCCAAAGGGCCCCCUUAAGGAUAAGAAGCACUAG